UUUGUCGCUGAAAACAUGCGGUCUCUACAGUUCAGUUACGUAAAUGUCGGUUUCUAAACGCUUUGGCAGCAAGUUUGGAUUCUCAAAGAAGCACUGCGCUCCUGUCUUGCCAACGCUUUUGAAGACGGAAAUCCCAAGCACCCCUCGCCCAAGUCCGUGCCGUGGUACUACGAAACCGCGACGCAACCGCGCGACCCAUCCCGAUCUUGUCUAUGCUGCAUCCGAUCGAUCUCGAACAGGGCGGCAGAAGCAGCAGCAUCAUCAGCAUUAGCAGUAGUCUUGCCCGGGAUCUCGCUUGGAACGGACGUGAAAUCGGCAUCUCGCUGUUGUAGUGUUGGGUUUCAGGAGCAAAGUAACCAUCGGCUGGCACCGUUUAUUCUUGUGAUUGAACCAAGAUGAGCCGCCGGUGGCCAUCUUGAGGUGGAACAAAACGGGAGUGCAAAGGCGAUUAUGAAUGGGAAUCAGUGUUUGAAAGGCCAGUGUCUGUCUGUCUGUGGUGUGAGUGUGUGCUGAUAGCGUUGAACCGAUUGCGAUAGGGCAUCGGUCGCGCAGCUAGAAGCUCUCUCGGGAUCGAUCGUUGGCAGGCUGGAUGGUUGCUGGUAAUCCUUAGCAGCCCGGAGCCAAGAGAAGCCGCCUGAUAAGCGCUCGGGGCUAGGGUGAAGAUCGAAUCGUUUGCAUUAGAGCGCCACAUAUUGGCCACAGUGACAAGGUGAUCAAGUGUUGAAAAGAGAGCUGCGGUGACUGCCGGGACCGAAGGCUUUAAGUUACUUAAGUGCGUGGUUAUGAACGCAAAAUGUCCUCGAUACGACGAAUCCUGUUUGUGAUCGCAGUAGCGCUGUUGCCACUGGCACUCGCCAUUGACGCCCGGCAGCUGUACAGUUACGCGGACGAACCAAGUGAGGUGCUGCCACGUGGCGAUGAGGCGUUUGGAUACAUCGACCUGGAAUUGCCGAUCUUCUUUUACAACGAGAGAUACGAUCGCGUUUAUAUCAACACCAACGGUAUACUGUCGUUCGGAGGGGAGCUGUCCGGGUAUCUGAAUCUUCCGUUCCCGCUCGGCAACCCAUCGAUCGCACCGUUCUAUGCGAACGUGGACACCACGCUGCCGAACGAUACGGCCACGAUCGUGUACUUUAAGUCGCGUGAUCCCGCGCUGCUGGACCAGACGACACUGCUGGUGCAUCAGAGCUUCAGUAAUCACGUUGAUUUUGAGGCACGCCAAGUGUUUGUCACAACGUGGGAACAUGUGGGACACUACAACAUGAAGAACCAGGUGCAGAACUCGUUCCAAGUGGCCAUCAUCCAGGGAGAUGCGGAUACGUUCGUGCAGUUCCUCUAUCCGGAGCAUGGCAUUAACUGGAUCCAGGGUGAAACCGGUGACAGUGGGUUGCCGGAUGUGCGUGCGCAGGCUGGAUUCACCGGAGAGGACGAUCGGAUCUACAAUCUGCCCGGAUCGGGUACCGACAAUGUGCGUCAUUUGGCUGACUCUUCCAACAUUAACGAACCGGGUGUUUGGUUGUUCCGUGUUGGGCCACUGUCGGCGGAAGCGAAUGUCGAACUACCGGACGUAGCGAUCCACCAGCAGUCGAGCGAACCGAGAAGCUGUGCCGAUGGUGGUCGUUUCAAGUGCCACUCGGCCGCUACCUGCGUGGACAAUAAUUGGGGCUACUGCUGCAAAUGUCGCCCUGGAUUCUAUGGCAAUGGAUUCAGCUGCGUAAAGAGCGAUAUUCCGCUGCGAGUGUCUGGAAAACUGUUGGGAAAUGUUAAUGGCGAAAGCAUUGACACUCAGCUCCAAUCGUACAUUGUGAUGGCCGAUGGGCGCACGUACACGGCCAUUAGCCCACUGGAGGAACAGAUCGGUACGGAUCUGCAGCUGGCUCAAACUCUCGGUGCAACAAUCGCUUGGCUGUUCGCGAAACCAGUCGGUGAAACGAUCAACGGUUAUCAGCUAACCGGUGGCAAGUUGAACCAAACCAGUACGCUACGGUUCGAGACGGGCGAAACACUGCACAUCACUCAGCGCUACAGUGGAUUGAACGUUUGGGAUCAGCUGGCACUCGAUGUGGAGCUCACCGGAAAUCUGCCAUCCGUUCCGGCGCUGGAGAAGCUACAGCACGAGGAUUACACGAUCAAGUUCCGCCGUGCCGGCAAUGGACGACUGCAGACGGUCAGUACGCACAAGUAUCACGUGGCCUCGCAAUCGCGCGAUAUCACGGCUACGCUCUACCAGGACGUCGCGUACGAGCAGUGCCGAGGCACUGAUGAUGACCAUGCGGGCAAGGAAGAGGCAACACUCAAGAUUACUCGCGUCAACCUAGGCUACGAACCACGCGAGAAGGCCGUCCGGAUGGGCAUGCUGAGCAAGAUGAUCAUCGGCGAUCAGUUUAAUCCGUGCGAUGAGGCCAACUGUGGGGAUAACACGAUUUGCAUCCCGAAUGCCGACGAUACUUAUGAUUGUAACUGCAAGAACGGAUUCACCUACGUACCGUACGGAAACACGGAUCGCGUCAACUGUGUGGACAUCGAUGAAUGCUCGGGUAUUAAUAUCUGCGAUGAGAAUGCAAUAUGCUACAACGAACCGGGUGGCUACAGUUGCCGCUGUAAUCCGGGCUUCGAAGGCAAUGGGUAUCAGUGUGACAAGAUCGGCCAGCCAACGUCUUCUCCGUAUACUGUUGCCACGCCAAUCUACAAUGAGUACGAAAGGGAAGCGGGGCGAGGGGAUGAACGCGCUAAGCAGUGCGAUCGCUGUGCGGAGUUUGCGGACUGUGUGGAAGGUCAAUGUGAAUGCCGUUCGGGUUAUGAAGGGGAUGGAGUGUCCUACUGCCAGUUUGUCUGUGAUCGCGAUAGUGUCUGGAAUGGGGAAGCUUGUGUCAAGGAGCAGUAUGCUGAUGAGUAUGAGAUUGCACCGUUCUGCUUCAACAUGGGCUGUACCUGCCCUACCGGGUAUCAGCUGAUCGAGUACGCGUUCAAUCAAAUCUGUCGCCUGGUCGAUCCGGAAUCGUUCCCCGAUGGAUCGCUCUCGGCCGAUCUGCCGUCCUGUGAUGUGGAGAACAAUUGCAGCCCGCACGCGAACUGCGAGUGGCGCGAAAAUUUGUACCGGUACGAGUGCAUCUGCAAUCCCGGAUACGAUGGCAAUGGGUACACGUGCGUGGAGAAGGAGGUAUCGUGUUUGGACGAUCAGGACAUCUGCGACAUUCAUGCGUCCUGUAAUUACAUUCUGAACCUCAAGACAUCGAUCUGCGUGUGCAACAAGGGCUAUGAAGGGGAUGGCCGUUCCUGCCAGCUGGCACCGGAGUGCGGAGUGGACGAUGACUGUGGUAUGAACUCGGUGUGUAAUGAUGGUGUCUGCGUGUGCCAGGAUGGUUACGAGCGGGAUCUGUCCGAUUUCUGCGUUCGUGCUGGAUCAUGCGGAGGGGCGUACUGUGCCGAAAAUGCUGUCUGCGUUCUUGACGAGAUCCAGAAGAUCCCGUACUGUCACUGCCCACAAGGAUUCAUCGGUGAUGGUGUUUCGCAGUGUAAGUCCAUUCCGCCACCGUGUAACGUGCGCAACAACUGUGGUCUGCAUGCCACGUGCGCACCAAGCUAUAGACAAUCCAACACGUACGAGUGUGCUUGCAAUCCGGGAUACUUUGGAGAUGGAUUCGUUUGUACUCCCGAGCGGAACUGUAUCAACAUUCCCAGUCUCUGCGAUCCGAAUGCAUACUGUGAAUCGACGGGCAACGGAUACCGGUGUAUCUGUAAGGAUGGGUUCAUUGGUAAUGGAACCGUUUGUAACACGGCCCAUCGGUUGGACGAUGGGUUCCUGCUGGUAAGCCAAGGAGUAGUGAACAUUCGCGUUCCGCUCAAUGGUGGUCUGGGUAUCCCGGUGACAGUGGGAUCCAUGUCGAUCGGUUUGGAUCGUGAUUGCGCCGAGGGUAGAAUCUACUGGAGCGAUAACGAUGCAAAGCAGAUCCUAACGGCCAAGUAUGAUGGCUCCGACAAGAAACCGUUCAUCACGAAGGACAUCAAAUCGCCCGAAGGUGUUGCUGUGGAUUGGAUUUCGAGGCGUCUCUACUGGACUGACUCGGAGAAGGAUACGAUUGAGGUCGCUAGCUUGGAAAACCCGGAUCUGCGGUCGGUGCUGGUUUCAAAGCAUCUCGUCAACCCACGUGGCAUUGCGGUGGAUCCACAUCAGAAUAAAUUGUUCUGGUCGGACUGGAAUCGCGAGGGGCCCAAAAUUGAAUGGUCCAACCUGGACGGUACAGAGCGGCAGCUGUUGGUCGGUAGUCCACAGGUAGAGCUUCCGAACAGCAUCCAGGUCUCGAUGGCAAGCGGAGAACUGUGCUUUGCCGAUGCUGGAACCAAGAAGAUCGAGUGUAUCGACACGUACAGCAAGCAGCUUCGCACCAUUGCCAGCAACCUGUCUUAUCCGUUCGGACUGGCCGUUACUGAUGAUCUGUUCUACUGGACCGAUUGGAGCACUAAAAAGAUCGAAAGCAUUAACAUAUACGGUGUGCGCCAGAAGAGUAUCCACUUGCCGCUAUUUGCAAACCACAGGAUGUACGGAAUGACGGCGGUCACCGACAAGUGUCCACUGUUCCACAGCGCGUGCGUCAUCGACAAUGGCCACUGUCCGGAGGACAGGAUCUGUCUCAUCAAUCCGCGAGCACCCUCGGGCCGAAGCUGCAAGUGUACCAAUAAUUGUAACGAUGUAGUACUAGACUACUGAGGCUAGUGGCCAGACCAUAGCUACCCGUGUUUCCUUCUAGCUGCGCAUCGCCGUGGGUGGGAGAAGGUAGCGGACCUGGAAAGCAAUUCAAACUGCCUGCAUAAUUUUGUCUGUUUUUCCAGAAGUAGAUUAGAGAGCGAGAGAAACUUUAGAGUGCCAUAUUCGGAGGAGAUUUUUUAAAUAAACCGAAACAGACCACUAAAAGUA